AUGUCAGCUCAGAAACGCAAGCGGACUGAGUUUACGCUGAAGGAAAAGAAGGAGAUUAUCGAUGCUGCGAAAAACGAGCCGAACCAGUCUAAGCUGGCUAAAGAAAUAAGCAAGAAAUGGGGCAUCGAAGUCAAGAGAACCACGGUGAAGGGCAUUCUCAACAAAAUGGAUGCAAUCGAGGCAGCCAUCAACGUUGGAAUUCCAUCGAAGCGCAUGAAGCUGACGCAAUCUCACAACCCGAAGCUCGAUGAUGGCGUGCUAAUGUGGCUGAAACAAACAAGAGGACAGAAUCUGCCGGUCAGUGGUGAUCUUUUGAAGGAGAAAGCAAUUAAACUGGCCGAGCUUAUGCACAUUCCGAACUUUAUGGCAAGCGACGGUUGGCUAGACAAUUUCAAAAAUCGUCACGGCAUCACGUUGAAGACAAUGCAGGGCGAAGCUGGAGCGGUGAAUUCUCAAUCUCGUAUUAAGUGGCAACAAGAGGUUCUCUGGCCCUUGCUCAGGCAGUUUUCCGCGAACGACGUGUUCAACUUGGACGAAACUGGACUCUUUUGGCAACUACUUCCGAACAAGACCACGGCUUUCAGGGGAGUGCGGUGCACAGGGGGAAAGAAAAGCAAGCAAAGAAUCACUCUUUUGGUCGGAGCAAACUUAAGCGGCAGCGAGAAGCUACCUCUUCUGGUGAUCGGAAAUUCCAAGCAACCUCGUGCGUUUAAGAACAAAGAGAUUCCUGUGAAGUACAAAGCUAAUUCGAAGGCGUGGAUGACAGCAGAAAUAUUUGAAGAAAUGUUACACACGUGGGACGGACAACUCGGGCAGCAAAACCGCAAAGUGUUGCUCUGUCUCGAUAACUUCUCUGGUCACCCUUCUGACGUCCACUUGGACAACAUCCAAAUGCUCUUCUUUCCGCCCAACACGACAGCAAAUUCCCAACCAAUGGAUCAAGGAAUCAUACAAAAUCUUAAGCACCAUUACAAAAAGCUCUUGCUGUCCCGCCGUCUCGAAGCCAUGGACGAAGGAAACGAGUUUAAAUUUACAUUGCUCGACUCUCUGCACGUCGCUCGGCGUGCAUGGGAGCAGGUCAGUGAAUUGACGAUUAAGAACUGUUUCGCGAAAGCCAAGUUUAUUGAAGAGGAAAUACAAAUAGAGCCAGAGGAUGCUGAGCUGUUCGAGAUCUGGAAAGCUUUACCUCCCGAGGAAAAGACACACGAGAACGAAACAAUUGAGCUGUUUGAUUUUCUCAGUGCUGACGAUCGCCUCGUAACUGGAGGAUCUUUCACUCUAGAAGAAAUAGCAAAGGAGGUAAUGCAUAACGAAGAGCCGGUGGAAAGUGAAGACGACGAGGUAAUUGUGGAAGAGGAAUACGUUUCGUUUGCAGAUGCCCAGAGAGCAUGGAGAACUAUCCGAAAGUUUACGCAGCAGCAGAGCAGCGGAAAACCCAGCGUCAUGCAGGCGUGUGAUAGGCUAGACAACGAAAUGAAUGAAAUCCGCCGAAAGAAGAUGCGUCAGCCGACAAUUUUUGAGAGCUUCAGGUUUAAAUAA